AAAACUAUGAAUGUUGUGUGUGAAGAUACAACUUUCUUUAACAGUAUCUCUCUUCAGAAACUAGAACAACUCAAUCAGUAUCCAGAUUUCAACAACUACCUGAUUUUUGUUCUGACGAAGUUGAAGUCUGAAGAUGAACCAACACGUUCCUUGAGUGGUCUCAUAUUGAAGAAUAAUGUAAAAGCACAUUUUCACAACUUUCCCAAUGGGGUAACUGACUUCAUUAAAAGUGAAUGUCUGAAUAACAUUGGUGAUUCCUCCCCCUUAAUUAGAGCUACUGUGGGCAUUCUGAUAACAACCAUUGCUUCAAAAGGGGAAUUACAGAAUUGGCCUGAACUCUUACCAAAGCUUUGCAGCCUGUUGGAUUCUGAAGAUUACAAUACCUGUGAGGGUGCUUUUGGUGCUCUUCAGAAGAUAUGUGAAGAUUCUGCUGAAAUUUUAGACAGUGAUGUGUUGGACCGACCACUCAAUAUCAUGAUACCCAAGUUCUUGCAGUUCUUCAAGCACAGCAGUCCAAAAAUAAGGUCUCAUGCUGUUGCAUGUGUCAAUCAAUUUAUCAUCAGCAGAACUCAAGCUCUUAUGUUGCACAUAGAUUCUUUUAUUGAGAAUCUUUUUGCACUGGCUGGCGAUGAAGAGCCUGAAGUACGGAAGAACGUUUGCCGUGCUCUGGUGAUGUUGCUGGAAGUUCGAAUGGAUCGCCUGCUUCCUCAUAUGAUUAGUAUAGUUGAGUACAUGCUUCAAAGGACCCAGGACCAAGAUGAAAAUGUGGCAUUGGAGGCUUGUGAGUUUUGGCUGACUUUGGCUGAACAGCCAAUUUGUAAAGAUGUGUUAUGUCGGCAUCUUACCAAGCUGAUACCCGUGCUGGUAAAUGGUAUGAAAUAUUCAGAGAUCGACAUUAUUCUGUUAAAGGGGGAUGUUGAAGAAGAUGAAGCUAUUCCAGAUAGUGAACAGGACAUAAGACCUCGUUUUCAUCGUUCACGGACAGUGGCUCAGCAACAUGAAGAAGAUGGUAUUGAAGAUGACAAAGAAGAUGACGAUGAACUUGAUGAUGAUGAUACUAUUUCUGACUGGAAUUUAAGGAAAUGUUCUGCUGCUGCUUUAGAUGUCCUAGCCAAUGUAUUUCGUGAUGAACUUCUGCCACACAUCUUGCCCCUUUUGAAGGAAUUGCUCUUCCAUCCUGAAUGGGUAGUUAAAGAAUCUGGUAUACUUGUUCUUGGAGCGAUUGCUGAAGGCUGCAUGCAGGGUAUGAUUCCAUAUCUUCCUGAGCUCAUCCCUCACCUUAUUCAGUGCCUCUCUGACAAAAAGGCUCUUGUGCGCUCCAUUACAUGCUGGACUCUUAGUCGCUAUGCACACUGGGUAGUUAGCCAACCCCCAGAUACAUACUUGAAGCCAUUAAUGACUGAGUUGCUAAAACGUAUCCUGGAUAGCAACAAGAGAGUACAAGAAGCUGCCUGCAGUGCCUUUGCUACUCUAGAAGAGGAGGCUUGUACAGAGCUUGUUCCUUAUCUUGCAUAUAUACUUGACACUUUGGUCUUCGCAUUUAGUAAAUACCAACAUAAAAACCUGCUCAUUCUUUAUGAUGCUAUAGGAACUCUAGCAGAUUCUGUAGGACACCAUCUAAAUAAACCAGAAUAUAUUCAGAU